AUGGAGAAAAUUCUGAGAGCUUUUAAUGGAAAAAGAAGGGAUUUGAAUGAAAACCAAGCAUUAAAUUGGAGUACAUAUUCCCUGGUCUCAUGUCCGGAACUAACGCCAGAUACUCUUCAAUCUUGGCUGGCGUUACCAGAUGAGGUGAAAAAUGACCCGUCUUUAGAGCAAAUUAGGAGAAAAGUUGAGGAGAUUGAUUAUCCUAUAGAAGUUUCCAGUGAGAGAAUACAAAUAAAAUUAUCAGGUCCAUUCUUCUCUGAACAAGAGGAAAUGAGGAAUUAUUCCAACGAGACAUCAAACCUCAUGAUUUGGAUAAUAUGUGAUGAAGAAGGAUUAAUUGAGGAAUCCAGACCAUGGCGUAUUGUUCUGGAAAACAAAACGGAUUUAAACAAAGGCGAGCUCAGAUCCAGAGUAUUUGAUUUGAAAUCAAAUUGUUCUAUCCAUAUGAGAACCGAUGCAAAUCUAUUGCCUUUCAAAAUGUCGUAUAAAGAAAAUAAAUUGGAUAGUACUGCGGUGAUAUAUGCCUUUGUAUUGCUAUGUGGUCUUUAUAUACUGAUUAUUUUUGAGGUUAUCAAUAGAACAGUAGCAGCUAUAACAAUAUCUACCAGUUCAUUAGCGAUCCUAGCAUUAGUUGGUGAGCGUCCUUCCCUUACCGAGCUGAUCUCCUGGCUCGAUGUGGAAACAUUAUUACUACUCUUCAGCAUGAUGAUACUAGUAGCUAUUAUCGCAGAAACUGGACUAUUUGAUUAUUUGGCGGUUUUUACUUUUGAGAUGACGAAGGGCAACCUCUGGCCUUUGAUCUAUCUCCUGUGCAUCAUAACGGCUGUCUUCUCCACGUUUUUAGAUAAUGUCACAACUAUUCUACUUAUUUCUCCAGUCACUAUCAGAUUAUGUGAAGUUAUGGAUCUAGAUCCGGUUCCUAUAUUAAUGUUGAUGGCUAUAUAUAGUAAUAUUGGAGGCACGGCGACUCCCGUGGGAGAUCCGCCGAAUGUUAUUGUGGCAUCUAAUAAAGAUGUUGUACACGCGGGCAUAAAUUUCACGAAUUUCACAGCCCAUAUGUCUUUGGGUAUUUUAAUGGUUUUCAUACAAACGUCACUACAAGUGAAAUAUAUGUUCAGAGACACAAAUAAACUUAGGAUAAGAGUACCUAAGGAAAUACGAGAUCUUCGUCACCAAAUAUCCAUUUGGCGUCGCGCGGCCGAUUCCUUGCCGCACUCAAGCGACGGUGUUAACGCUGUACGAAACAGACUUGAGAGGAAAAUAAAGAAAUUGACGGAAAAUUUAAACAAAUGUUUGAAAGAUAGCAGCAAACGUGCGUGUUCUAAGGAAACUUUUGUGAACACUUUGGAAGAAUUAAAAGCUAAGUACAAAAUACGUGAUAGAAGUCUCUUAAUCAAAUCGUCAGUGGCAAUAGCUUUCGUAGUAAUUGUGUUUUUCUUGCACUCCAUACCAGAACUCAAUCGCGUAUCUCUGGGCAUGACUGCUUUGUUAGGAGCUAUCUUACUCCUAACCCUCGCUGAUAAAUCCGAUUUAGAACCAAUACUUCACAGAGUGGAAUGGUCUACGUUAUUAUUUUUUGCUGCACUUUUCGUUCUUAUGGAGGCGCUAUCAAAAUUAGGUCUCAUCUCAUUCAUUGGAGGACUAUUGGAGCAACUCAUAUUCAAAGUGGAUGAAAAGUAUAGAAUGGCUGCGUCUUUGAUGCUCAUAUUAUGGGCUUCAGGCGCUAUAUCAGCAUUCGUGGACAACAUUCCUCUUACAACAAUGAUGGUGCGAGUUGUUGUCUCUAUCGGAAAUAACCCCGCAUUGAACCUACCUAUGGGACCGCUUAUUUGGGCUUUACUCUUUGGAGCCUGUCUUGGUGGUAACGGUACAUUAAUCGGCGCCAGUGCCAACGUGGUAUGCGCGGGCGUCGCUGAACAACACGGAUAUAGAUUCACAUUCAUGCAGUUCUUCAAAAUAGGAUUUCCAGUCAUGAUAGGACAUCUGUGUAUAUCUUCUGUAUACCUUUUGAUAUGUCACUGUGUUUUUGAAUGGCAUUGA